UGCACGCGAGCCGGCCGUCCUCCAAGCCGAGCCCCGCCACGCCUUCCACGACGUCCGGCCGGAAGUCAAAGAGUCGACAACAACAACAACAACCACGACAACAACUACCACCACCAGCCCAACAACCACCACAACAACAACGACGGAAGCCCCAACAACAACGACGACAACAACCACAACGACAGUGGGUCCAUCUCCUGCCCAGCAGCGCGGUAAAUCGCUGGCCCAUCCGCACUACACCCGGUGCCAGAAGAUGCGGCAGGCGCAACUGAAGAAAGGCGGUGGCGGCCAGAGCGGCGAAUUGAUUCCGGAAUGCGACCACCUGGGCCGGUUCCAGCCGAUCCAGUGCCUGCCGGCCAAGUCCAACAGCGGCCAAGUCAGCUGCUGGUGCGUCGACGAAGCCGGAAAUCAGGUGGCCAACACCACCCAGUUCCUCCGCGGAGAGCAGACCUGCCGUCUGGUGCCAGUCAUGGCCGUGGCGAUGACCCUGGGAUUCCCGGCCAUGGACCACGCCCAGGAGCAAAUGGAGAAGGAAGUGCCUCAGUAGGAGGGCGAGAUCCUCAACGGCCUGUCGGCCCGCACCAUGGAGUCGACCCUCCAGGUCAAAUCCCGGCAGGACGGAACGGUCCUGACCUUCACGCUGGUCGGCGACAACAAGAUCGACGUCGCCUCCCACCUCGAGGAUAUGGUGAAAUCGGGCCACUUGGCGCUGGAAAUGGACGGGCACACGAUGCUGGCCGACAGCACGUCGUCAAAAUUCUACCACAAACUCGACUCGACUCAUCUCAGAGUGGCCGCCACUAAAGAGGAGAGCAGCGACCUGCAGGACCGCAGCCUGGAAACGCGGGAAAUUCUGGCCCAGGCCCUGGACAUCGAGGCCCCUUACCUGGCCAUUAUUGUCGUUCUGUCGGUGCUGGCCAGUAUCCUGGUCUGCGGGCUCAUCAUCGGACUGGUCCUCCAUCGCCGCCGCACCACUGGCACCUACCCGAAAGAUUCCGGCUCGACGCUGGCCUCGCCACCCAAGCCCAGCAAAGGCGGCUCCGACAAGUCGGACGUCGUGCCCAGGGGUUUCCCGCGCGUCGGAAUCAAUCCGUCCGACGUCGUUCAAACGCCCCAGCUCUCACCCACCGUGCCCAGGAGCAAACGACAGACCCGCAACGCCGAGGCUUGGUGAAACAAUUGAAUUUAAUAAACCCCCGCGAAAUUCAAAAAAUUGAAUUUAAAAUUUUUUUCAAAAAAUGACUCGGAAGAAAGUCGAGCUGUGCUCGAGUGUGAAAAAAACACCACCAGAUAUAAAUUUUUGUGUACUAAUCUUUGAAUAAAAAAACAAAACAAUGUAAAUAACUUUGAUAUCCCAAUGAUAUAAAAUACGAGACAAAACAAAAAAAGAAAAUGAAAAUUCUAACAAGCGCAAACGAUUGGAGACUUAUUUUUGAUACUUUUUAUUUCUGAUUUAUGUUUCUUCUUUAAAAAAUGAUUUUGUCUUUUUAUUCCUGGAGCGAAUUCCGUUUUCCCCCUUGGUGUAUGGGUGUGAUUGUAUAGGGCAUUAUACCUAUUGAUGACCUACAUAACAAUUUUAGGCUGGCCUCUAUUUAUAUAUAUACAAUGGAUUGACUAUCUGAAUUUCCUCCGGCUGCUGUCCAUCUCUUUUUUUGUUUGUUUUUAUUUUGUAACGAAAGAGAGAGACGUCUUAUACAACUACAUGCGGUGAUGCAUUCAAAAAUUCAGCAUGAAACAAUACAUGUGAAAUAGAUAAUAA